AUGGCCCUUAAAACGAUAACCUCCCUCCUGCUAACCACCUCACUGGCAUACGCAACCCCAAUCCUAACCGAAAGACAAGCCCUCCACAACAACUACCUCUGCAAAAGCACCACGCACCCCAACCCCGUCGUCCUCCUCCACGGCCUCGGAGCAACCUACUACGAAGACCUCAACUACCUCGAAGCCUACCUCCAACAAAACUCCUUCUGCACCUUCUCCAUCACCUACGGCGCCUACCCGGAUUUCCCCUACGUCGGCGGCCUGAAACCCAUCAACGAAUCCGCCGCCCAACUCGCAACCUUCAUCAAAAAUGUCCACGCAAAGACCGGAGCCGCCAAACUCGACCUCGUAGGCCACUCCGAAGGCGCCUUCCAAGCCCUCUACAUCCCCAAGUUCGAAGACGGCGUUUCAGGAAUCGUCGAUAAAAUCUUCGCCAUCGCGCCCCCGACGCACGGAACCACCUUCGCGAACCUCUACAACCUCUCCUUCAUCGGCGGAAACCUCACCAGCGGCCUCGUCACCACCAUCCUCGACACCGUCGGCUGCGCGGCGUGCAACGAUCUCCUCCCCAAUGGCGCUGCCGUCGAAGCUUUGGACGACGGACCGAUCGUGCAGCCGGGCAACGAGGUGACGAUCCUGACGUCCAAGUAUGAUGAAUUGGUGACGCCGACGGAGACGAGUUUCGUGCGCGACGAGGCCGGGGUGCGGAAUUUGUAUGUGCAGGAUUUUUGUCCCAAUGAUCCUGUAGGUCAUAUUGGGGAGGCGUAUGAUGGGAAUGUGUGGGAGUUGGUCGUGAAUACGCUGAGUGGGAGUGAGGCUGGGCCGGAUGUUUGCGUUGUUGGGUCGCCUGGUCGAUGA